AUGGUGACGUCCCCGCGGCCGUGGCGCGCGCUGGUGGCCGUGUCCCUCUGUGCCCUGCUGUGCCUGGCGGCCGCGUACCCCCCGAAACCGGAGAGCCCCGGGGACGACGCGUCCCCCGAGGAGAUGGCCCGGUACUUCUCGGCCCUUCGCCACUACAUCAACCUGGUCACGCGGCAGAGGUACGGGAAACGCGCCAGCCCCGGAGCCGCGGAGGCGGAGCUGCUCCUGGGGGCCGGCGGUGACAGGUCACGGUACGAUGACGACUCGUGGUGA